CUCCAAGAACUGAGGAAGAAGGAACUAAGAGUCUAUGAACUCAUGGUCAUGAAGCCAAAUAUGAAUCCCAAUCUGGUCAACUAUUUAGACAGCUACCUUGUGGAUGGGCAGCUCUGGCUGGUCAUGGAGUACAUGGACGGAGGCACUCUGAGCGAUGUCAUCAGCGAGACCUACCUGUCUGAAGACGAGAUGGCAGCCAUCAGUCGGGAGGUCAGCAAUCCCACCUGUGCUGCCCAGGGCUUGGGCAGGAUUGUCUGGGAAACAGGGCUCCGACCUGGAGUGAUUUCAUGUGCCAAGCUUUGUUUCUGUGUUGCUGGUAUGCUAUGGGCAAGCAAAAGCCUCUCAAGUGAAAUGCCUGCCAGUGCCCCUGCACUCACAGUACUCAGUUCUUCCUGUCUGCACUGCAUUCCUUGUCUGUAA